AUGGCAGCCCGGCGAGAGGAUGACAUUCGGAAACAGCUCCUUGAAGGCUGGAUAUUUGAUCUUCCCCCAGAACCUUCUAAUAUUGUGCGAAUCUAUCUGAGUUCUACUUUUGAAGACUAUGUAGCAGAGCGAAAUAUCCUUUUAGAAGAUGCAUAUCCUGUACUGUUGCAGUGGUGUCAGAGACGCGGGUUGGAUUUUCAAGUUGUUGAUAUGAGAUGGGGCAUACCCAGAGAGACAACUAUAGAUCAUAAUACUGUUGCAAUUUGUCAACGAGAGAUUCAAACUUGUCAACAAAUGUCGGCUGGUCCUAACUUUGUGUGCUUGGUUGGGCAGCGGUACGGUUACAGACCACUUCCAACUGAGAUUAUUGAGCAAGAAUUUGACAAUCUUCAAAAAUGUGUAUAUAAACAUGAUGAUAAAAAACUGUUAUCUGAGUGGUAUAGGAAAGAUAAAAAUGCCAUCCCUCCUAAGUACUUACUUCAACCAAUCACAAUCAAGUAUGAUCAUUACUAUGACAAUGACCAGGGAAAUCAAAUUUUGAAAGAAAAAGAUCACAAUGCGUGGUUGGAAACAAGUAAAACAUUGAAAAAUAUUCUCAAGAAAUCUGCCAGUCUUGCAAUGGAGGAGGGAAUCAUCGACGAAGACACUAAACACAAGUAUUAUAUGUCUGUUACAGAACUGGAAAUUCGAGCGGCAACCAGUAUUCCUGACAUCAAUCAGCAUUGCAUCUGCUUCAUGAGAAAAUUAGACAAAAUCAAAGAAGACAGCGAGAUGGCAGAGCGUUAUAUGGAUGUAGAGGAAAACCAUAACAAGGAUGAAGAAUCUAGAACAUUACUGGAGAAUGUAAAGAACCAGUAUAUUCCGUCACGAUUUACAGGGACUAGACACUGUUAUAAUGUAGAAUGGCAGACAAUACGCUACCACAAGCCUCUGGUGAUCUUUGGAGUUUCUGGCAUUGGCAAAACUUCUGUGAUGUCCAAACUAGUAAUGGAUUCACGCAGUCAAUUUGGAAACAACUGCGUGACUGUGUUUCGUUUUCUUGGUAUCUCAACUGACAGCUCAUCCAUUAUGCAGCAUGCAUCAGAUGAUCCACGUGGACGACCAUUAGUUAUAAUGCUUGACUCGCUAGACCAACUAUCUGAGAGUCAUUCAUCGUUCAGUUGCCAUUGGCUACCAAAAACAUGUCCUCCUAAUGUUACUAUUGUUGUCUCUGUUCUGCCGAAUGUUAACAACAUCUUGGAGCAUUUAGUUCAAAGCAUGCCAGAUGAUACCAAUUACUUCCCUGUGAAAUCCCUGGACGAAGAGUCAGGAAAUGAGAUAUUUGAGACCUGGAUGAGUAGAAUCAGUAGAAAAGUCACUCGCAAACAAAAGCAAUUCUUCAAGAAAGGCGACACUAUAAGAAGUGCUAUUGCUAAGUUAUAUGAAAGAUUGGAGAUAGAACAUGGCCAUUUGCUGGUGUCACAUGCACUAGCAUACAUAACAGGUGCCAGACAUGGUUUGACAGAAGCAGAGUUGGAAGAUAUUCUAAGCAUAGAUGAUGAAGUAUUGGAUGAUGUUUACCAACACUGGUCACCACCAAAUCCACAUGUUGUACGUAUUCCACCAAUAUUACUGGCAAGACUUAAAUAUGAUUUACAGGAGUACCUUGUCAAUAGGCAUUCUGAUGGAAAAACUGUAAUGGUUCUCUACCACAGACAAUUCAUUGAGACUGCUCGUAAUAAAUAUUUGCAUAGUGAUGGGAAACAAGACAGACAUCAAGUUAUGGCAGAAUUCUUCCUUGGAAAAUGGAGCAAUGGAACAAGAAAGAGGAAAGAGACGUUAAAUGCCGACAGGAAAGUGUCAUCACAACCACUGAGAUUUCACAGAGUCUAUAAUUUGAGGAAAUUACAAGAGUUACCCUAUCAUCUCUUAUAUGCUGGUAAUGAUGAUGAAUUGAUUGAGCAUACCAUUGGAAAUUUUGAUUUUGUAAAUGCCGUGGUUUGUGGUACUUCUGUCCAGAGUAUGCUUGAACAUUUAGAUCUUAUUGUGAAGAAUAAAAAUGGAAGUGAACUGUAUGAAGAAGUUGAUCUUAUCAGAGGAGCUCUCAGACUUGCUAAGUCCACACUAGAAUUUACUGGAGGUAACAAGUAUUCUAGAUCUUUGGCAGUAGAGAUGCUUGGACGUCUUCUCCAUUUAAAAGACAAGUAUCCACGAUGUAUUGGAAGACUGGUGCGUGGAGCUCAAAACUGGGCUGAUAGAUUAAAACACUCUAUUCUGAUUCCACAGCGUGGGUGUUUCCCAUUGCCUGGUGGUCAUCUGAGAACCACUCUAAUUGGACAUCAAGGUGAAAUACUUGAUAUAGCAGUGAACCAGAGUCGAAUGUUACUGGUAACAGCAUCUUGUGAUUGCACUCUCAAGAUAUGGGAUUUAGAGACAGCAGAAGUUGUACACACACUCAAUACACAUUCAGAGGCAGUAUACUGUGUUGCCAUUAGUGGUGAUGGUAAAUGGUUGGUAUCAGGUUCUAGCAAUGACACAUUAAUUAUAUGGAAUCUACUUACUGGUGAACUUGUACAUAAACUACCAGAGAAUCAUCGUAAUUAUUACUUGUAUGCUCCACUCACAACGACACACUACAGUUGUAUGGUAGUGUCUGUGGAUGCUGUUGCAAUUUGUGUGUAUGAUAUGGUAAAUGGAAGGAGAAUACACACACUGUCUGGGCAUACAGAGGCUGUAUCCCACUUGAAAAUUACACCUGAUGACUUGUCUAUUGUUAGUACAUCGGACGACUCUACUGUCAAGAUAUGGUGUGUGAAUUCUGGACAGUUAUUACAUGAUAUACAAGAACACAAUGACUAUAUAUCAUGUCUUGCUGUCUCACAGAAAUACACAGUCAGUUGUGAUGCUAUGGUAUCAGACCAGUCUAUUAUUGUUAUAUUCCAGAAAGUAAUUGACACUACCAAUGGUAAGAUUGUUCAUAGUCUACAACAUGAGAAGUACCAAGUGACAUCUGUAUGUAUAAGUCCUGAUGAGAGUUAUUUGACAACUGGAUGUGGAUAUCAUCUGUUAAUAUGGAACUUAGGGAAUGGACAACUUUUACACAAAUGUUCAGGUCAUGAUAGUGUCAUUGAUUGUAUAUGUAUCACAAUGGAUAAUAAGUAUAUAGUAAGUGGAGCCAGGGAUGGCAUCAUGGUUGUGUGGGAACUAGAGACUGGUCAGUUGGUACAUACACUAGAAGGACAGCAAGCUAUUAUAUCACAUCUAGCAUUGGUUGAGUAUAUGGUGGUAUCAGCUUCUUUGAAAUCACAAUACAUCAAAUUAUGGAAUAUCUCACCGGAACAAGCUAAUGAAAAACAUAUGUAUUCAGAUAAAUCCGGUAUUGUUGCCUUGACAACCAAUUGUCAGUAUGUGGUGCAUGUAGCCAAUAAUGGUACUGAUGUAAAAGCUUGGGAUGUGGGAGAUGGAAAGGAUGCAAACACACUCACUGGACACAUAGACAAUAUUAGUUGCUUAGCAACAACAAGCGAUGACCAGUAUUGUGUAAGCGGCAGUCAAGACAAGACAGCUAGACUGUGGCAUGUGAAAAGUGGAGAGUGCAUGUACACGUUUCAAGGUCACCCAGCUGCAGUGAAGUAUCUGAGCAUCAAUUACAUGAAUAGCCAUUUUGUGUGUGCUUCAGCUGACAACACAUUAACUCUGUGGGACAUGACUGCAAAGACUCGAGACCACUCUACAGUGGCUAUCAAACAUAUUACAUGUAUCGCUGUCACUAACAAAAACGUCAUCUUCUAUGGCACCAAUUGUAGUAUGAUAUGUGUGUAUUAUCCUAAGACAGCCAACACACAAACUCUGAAAGGUCAUAAAUCCUCCAUACAGUGUGUGGUACUUAGUAAUGACAGUCAGCUUAUGGCAUCCGUAGCCAAGGAUAUGUAUAUUAUGAUAUGGAAUGUAGAGAGAAGAAAAAAGCUUCAUAUGUUACACAUGAAAGGAGCUGAAUUCAACAGAGAUGUCAGACAUUUAGCAUUCUCGGACGAUAACAGUUUUCUUGCAAGUGCUGCUACUGACAAGGCUAUACACCUUUGGAAGACAGAAGAUGGACGUCAUAUUACAUCACAGUAUGUUUAUUCUAAUGUGACAACCAUGAAAAUAAAGUACAAUCACAUCAUUGGAGGAACAUGUAACGGUCAACUUGUAAUGCUGAAUAUUCACUACGUUCAACAUGAAAGCGAUGACAUGUCAGAAGUUGAUCUUUCUGAAUUUGGAAGCAGUGUGUUCCGCGGAUCUGGUCAGAGAUCAGUUUGCUGCAGUAUAAUGUAG